CACUCUGGGGCGAUUUAUUGGGUCUGUCAGGGGUUAUCCUGUGCGUAGGAGCAAGACCACUACUGAGGGCUGACUGCGUUUAAAAGGACAUCUGAUCCGCAAAUAGCGCCAUUGUCGCACUGGGCAGCUGUCACCAGCAUCAGUCUGAACACUGGUGGGGAUAAAACCAGUACAGGAGACAGGAGCCCAGGAAAAAGCAGAAGUAUCCCAGGAGAGAGGAGCUCCGGGGUUGCGCACGGUCAGAAGCGCGUCUAGGUCCGAAGCGGCAGCACCGGCAGCUGGCGAGGGUCAUAUCGGAGCUGGGAUCAUCAUGUUGCUGGGAAAACUGGUGCUGCAUGCUGUCGCCUUGCUUACUGCACCCAAUGUUUGCUUGGCGUAUGUUUUUCAAGCAAAGCGCUCAGGAGACUGGGAUGAGAGCCCGCCGCUUUCCAAAGACCGUAAUGACCGUGUCCCCCCCGAGAGCUUGUGGGUCAGCUCCUCGGGUUCCUGCAAGAACCGCUGCUUCGAGCUGGAAGAAGCGGAACCUCCCACCUGCCGCUGUGACAACUUGUGCAAGACCUACAAUAGCUGCUGCUUGGAUUUCGACGAGCACUGCUUAAAAACGGCUGGGGGGUUCGAAUGCACCCAGGAGCGCUGUGGAGAGACCCGGGACGAGGCACAUGCCUGUCACUGCUCCGAAGACUGCCUGGAAAAAGGAGAUUGUUGUUCCAACUACAGCAUCCUCUGUAAAGGGGACACCCCGUGGGUGCAGGACGAGUGUGAGGAGAUUGAGAAACCAGAGUGCCCUGCGGGGUUUGUCCGGCCACCUUUGAUCAUGCUCUCUGUUGAUGGAUUCCGAGCCACGUACCUGCAGAAGGGAAGCGCGGUGAUCCCGACCCUGGUCAAAUUGAAAACAUGUGGCACAGCCGCUCCGUAUAUGAGACCUGUGUACCCCACCAAAACCUUCCCCAAUCUGUACACUCUCGCCACGGGCCUCUAUCCCGAAUCCCAUGGGAUAGUUGAUAACUCGAUGUACGACCCCGUGUUUGACGCAAACUUCCUCCUGAGAGGCAGAGAGAAGCUGAAUCAUCGCUGGUGGGGAGGCCAGCCUAUCUGGAUCACCGCUGUCAAGCAAGGAGUGAAGGCUGGGACCUUCUUCUGGCCUGUGGUGAUUCCGCUGGAGAGGAGAAUCCUGACUAUCUUGCACUGGCUUCACCUGCCAGAUGAUGAGAGGCCCUAUGUGUACGCAGUCCAUUCUGAGCAGCCGGACACCUUCGGCCACAAGCUGGGGCCGCACAGCAAUGAGCUGAAUAAUCCCCUGAAGGAGAUCGACAGAGUUAUUGGGAUGCUGAUGGAUGGCCUGAAACAGAUGAAUCUACACCGGUGUGUCAACAUCCUCCUGGUGGGAGACCAUGGAAUGGAGGAGGCUCACUGUGACAGAACGGAGUACCUUAGCUCCUACCCAGUGAACGUGGAUGAUCUAAUCCUGAUUCCUGGAUCACUUGGACGGAUCCGGGCCCGAAAUCCCAACAGUUCCAACUAUGACCCCAAGGCCAUUGUUGCGAAUCUUACUUGUAAGAAGUCGGAUCAGCACUUCAAGCCGUACCUGAAACAACACCUGCCCAAACGGUUCCACUACGCCAACAACCGCAGGAUCGAGGACGUCCACCUGCUGAUGGAGAGGCGCUGGCAUGUGGCCAGCAGUGAGAUGGAAUCAGACAUUUCGAGCAACCCGGAGCUCGGCAGUCACACGGAGUUCAUGCACAGGAAAAUACCGGAAGGCAAAAAGAAUCUUGGUAGAUGUGGUUUCUAUGGUGACCAUGGCUAUGACAACAAGCUCAGCAGCAUGCAGACUAUCUUUAUGGGGUACGGACCUAGCUUCAAAUUCAAGACAUUGGUGCCGGCUUUUGAGAACAUUGAACUUUACAAUGUCAUGUGUGACCUCCUGGGUUUGCAGCCAGUUCCGAACAACGGCACCCAUGGCAGUGUCAAUGGCAUGUUGAGGAACCCCUUCUACACGCCUAUCAUGCCAGAGGAGGUGUCUCCUCCUAUUCCGUUGGAGCCAGGCGCCACCUCCAUGGAUGACCUGGGCUGUAGCUGUGUUGAUAAAAAUAAAGUUGAGGAUCUUGAUCAGAUGCUCAGUGAAGAUGAAGGCCGUAAAGACAGUGGGCAAAAUCUCCCGUUUGGUCGACCAGCGGUCCUCUUCCAAGCCAAAUACAGCAUCCUCCAGCACGAUGACUUCAUUAGUGGGUAUAGUUUGGAGCUGGCCAUGCCCCUGUGGACGUCCUACACUGUUCCGGCAGAUGUUGAUGUUACCCCUCGCCCUGCAUUUGAUACCGGUUGUGUGAGGCCAGAUGUCCGAAUUCCUCCCUUUGAGAGCCAGUCAUGCACUGGCUAUGGCGCUGAUCCGAAGCUGUCUUACGGCUUUAUGUUCCCCCCUGGGCAGGCCUCGACUCCUAACACCAGACAGGACGCGGUCUUGAUCACAAACACCGUUCCGAUGUACCCUGCGUUUAAGAGGGUGUGGAGCUACUUCCAGGAGACCCUGGUGAAGCGAUAUGCCAGUGAAAGGAACGGGAUCAACAUUGUCAGCGGUCCCGUGUUCGACUAUGACUUUGACAGCCUGCGGGACUCCAUGGAGAAAAUCCAAGAGUUGGGUGGCGAGUUCCCAGCGAUUCCCACACACUACUACAGCAUCAUCACCAGCUGUCCGGAUAGCACCCGAGCUGCGGACGAGUGCAAUGGCCCACUGAGCGUCUUCUCUUUCAUUUUGCCACACCGGCCGGAUAAUACCGAGAGCUGCAACAGUCUGGAGGAAGAGUUCAGGUGGGUAGAUGAGCUGAUGAAGAUUCACACAGCACGGGUGAGGGACAUUGAGAUCCUCACUGGACUGGACUUCUACCGGAUCACCAACCGGAGCUACGUGGAAAUCCUCUCGCUAAAGACUUACUUGCACACAUUUGAGGAUGAUAUGUGAAAUCGCCUGUCCCGUCACUUCUAGGUGUAUAUUUUUAUAUAGUGUAUUAUGAAUCGAUAGAAUAUUAACUGGCAUUAAAAAUUUUAAUCAUGUAGCAAUUUUUUUUUUUUGCAAAGUAGCUAGAGGAAUACUGUUGUUUUAUUGUUUGUGAUAAUUGUCUCUGCUGUGGGUUGCGUUGUGGUCCUGUCACUCUGUACACUGUUCAUUCUCCAAGGUAUCCUAAUGCGUGAUUCACCAUUAUUGACCUCUACGUCAUGUGACGAUCAGUUAAUUACACUGCAAUAAACCAAUAUUUUUA